CGAAGCAGCAAGAGGGCUUGGAGCCUAUCCAUCCCUGAGCUCAGUCUGGCUGAGGAGACACAGUAGCCAGCAAGAGCAGCAGUCAAGGCCCAUGCAUUAGCAGAGACAGGAGGGGAGGGUGCGAGAGGGAGACAGAAGCAGCACAAAGCAAAUCCUACAGCAGCCACAGUAACAAUCGUGAAGCCUGACACAGCACAGCAGAUUUAACAGCAGCGAUCUGUCAUAGAGAGGACAUCUCUUUGCCACCGGAUCAACAUUUACAAGAAGACCGUUCGGCUUUUAUUAUGACUGCAAAACACUGAGGAAGCGUGUGGUUGAUCUGUUUUUAUCAGGUGUUUCUCCAUAUAGACAUCCGAUUCAUCGAAGAAAAUGCCAGAACAGAGUAAUGAUUACAGAGUAGUGGUGUUUGGAGCUGGAGGAGUCGGUAAAAGUUCUUUGGUACUUCGGUUUGUUAAAGGCACCUUUAAGGAAAGUUACAUCCCAACAAUUGAAGACACCUACAGACAAGUGAUCAGCUGUGACAAAAGUAUAUGUACUUUGCAAAUAACCGAUACCACUGGAAGUCAUCAAUUUCCAGCCAUGCAGCGCCUAUCAAUAUCAAAAGGACAUGCCUUUAUUUUGGUUUAUUCCAUCACCAGCCGACAAUCCUUGGAGGAACUAAAGCCAAUUUAUGAACAAAUUUGUCAGAUUAAAGGGGAUGUCGAGUGUAUCCCUAUAAUGCUGGUCGGAAACAAAAGCGAUGAAAACCAAAACAGAGAACUGGAUAACUCGGAAGUGGAGGCGAUGGCCAAAAAAUGGAAAUGUGCCUUUAUGGAGACAUCUGCUAAGAUGAAUCACAAUGUCAAAGAGCUGUUUCAGGAGCUGCUGAACCUUGAGAAACGCAGGACUGUGAGCUUACAGAUUGAUGGCAAAAAGAGCAAACAGCAAAAAAGGAAAGAGAAGCUAAAAGGGAAAUGUGUGGUCAUGUAAAGAGCAAAUCUGCACCAUAACACUCACAGCACUUCAGAAAAGAAAAAAAAAGAAUUAAAAAAAAAAUGGCAUGUACAAAACACAUACAAGCAGUCACAGUCAGCCAUUCCAAACACUUUUAGAAUACAAUAGCUUAUACUUUAUUUAGCAGCUUGACUAGAGCAGCACUGUUCAGCUUUUUUUUUUACCAGUUAUGUGCUAUAUGUUUGAAUAUUAAUAACACAACAUCAUGCAAAGUAUGUGAAGUUCUGAGGCAUGCUGGGGGCCAAAACAUUCCUGAGAAUUUCAUACUGCACAUGAGUCUUCAGAUGGGCAACUCAGUUCUAGAGUAAUGAUCUUCAACCUGUGACUCUCCAGCUGUUUCUAAAUGAAAACUUUUAUCUCAGCAACAGCUCAAGAGCUACAGGCUAAACAUCUUUGCUUUGUAGGGAAUGUUUAGCUCAUCCUUUGCCUCUGGAUUAAUAUUAUCAAACUGGUAUCGGAGAAUUUAAUACAAUAUUAGGGUGCCAUAGAGUCAUUCAUGUAUGCUCGCUUUGACUGCAUCAAGGCUACAUUGGACUUAAAAUUAAGCUGCAUGAUAAAUCAUGCAUUUUGCAAAAAAAAUGUACAGCUGUACAUUAGGUCUGAGCACAUUAAAUGCAUAUUUUGACUGGCAAUGCAUUUGACUUCAGUGUGUAUUGACAACUGGAUUGAAUAUGAUGAUUGCAGGAACAAUACUAAACAAAGACUUGGCGGACUACAAUUUCAGUCAUGCACAGGGAGAAGGUAAAUGAUACAUCUAUCAUUAACUCUAAUGCCCUUGGCCUACACAAAUGAAUAGUUUGUUGUGUGCAUGAACUAAUAAAGCUUCCCCAUGUGUAGAUAUGAACUUGCCCACCAAGAGUUACAACAUGUAGAUGCUUAAUAAUAAACUGAAGCUGCUGGUGGGGAAAAAUAACAAUGGGGAGCCACAUUUCACAUGACAUUCCUUUCUUCCAAUGAAUGAUGAUGCGAGGGAAUUUCAUCUCCCAACCUCAGAAGGCCGAAAUGUUGACAUCCCUUCUUUGUAGUUUUACCCUCCUUGCAUGUUGCUGAUCAUAUUUACUAGUUUCUUCUCUCUAACUUACCAGGUUAUAACUGCUGUAGAGAUGUUAUUCUCCUUAUUGUUUGACAUCACGAAAAAUCCAGUGGAGUCCUCAACUCUGGAGAGAAAUAUAACAUAGCAGAACAAUUUAGGAGGAUACAAUUUAUUUUGCAUUGCCUCCCCCAACCUAACCUAAAAAAAUUUAUAUUGGUGCAAAAUAAUGAUUCUUACUAAAAGUUCUAAUAAAAGAAACUGCCAAGCACACACUGUAAAUAAAAUAUGUACCAUUUGCUGCUAUGAGUUAAAACAAUGCAUUGUACACUCUUGUAUAUGUGCUUACUUGAUAUCCUCAAUGUGUUUACUUAGCAGUGCUUUUCAUUAUUCAACUAUUCAUACAACUGUAUGGAAAGCAUAAGAAUGCACACUCAGUUUUUAUAUAUGAAUCAUAACACUUAUACACUUAGCACCUUAAAUAUUUACAGGAUGAAAAACAAAUUGUGUCGUUUUAUUUUGCAAGAUAAACUUACACUCAGCUAGCCUGAAAUGCAUGCAAAGGGUUCUCAUAAAUAUCACUACAGAAAAUACUAACUUAUUAGUUUCCUUAUUAAACCAAAAUAUAAUCUUUCUUUUUUAAGAUAUAUAUCCCAGGUCUCUGUUUCUCUUUUAUCACUGGAGGGGUUGCACCCAUAGAGGGUAUUAAUGAUGUAUAGAGGCUACUUUAUAAUGUUGAUUUAGUGUUAUCUUGUAUGUAAACAUCCUUAUGGUGAGGUCACAUUAAAAGAUAUGAGACACCAGAUAUUAUGAUCAGAUCUGCUAUAGGGUUUUGAAUUUUUAAGUUGCAGAAGAAAAGGAGCAUUCACUGACUCGCCACAGAAAUGUUUGCAAUGUUCUGCACAGCACAGUAGUUCAAUGCCUUAAAUUUGCAUAAUUAUUUUGAGUAUCAUUUGAGCAAUAAUGAGAAUAAAUUUGAUAUAUAUAUAUAUAUAUAACUGUUUAAUAUGAAUGAUAAGAACACCAUGGUAUAAUGAUAUAUAUGAGUCUGCUGGGCUUCUGCCUGCUCUUUUAAAAAUAAUUUUGAUGUUAGAGAACAGAGAAGAGCAGCAAAAGUUACUAUGCUGGACUAAUAAAUUCGAGAAACUGAGGCAGAAAGUCAACUCUGUAUAAUAAGCCCUUAACAGAGGUUGGAAAGAAUUAAUGUUAUUAAUUAACUGUCCAUUGCUCAAAGGAAAAAGGAAAAUAUACACAAAUACACAUAAAUAUGGCUUGCCUCCCAUUUGGAUAAUAUUUUCUGUUUUCACUACUCAUUCUAGAAAGUUAUUAGUAUAGUUAAACUUAUGUGUAAGCGGGCCAUACAAGUACCAAUUGGCCUGUGCAUGAUGUCUCACGGAUCACACGUACUAUGCUGAUAUUGGACUGUAGAAAAUGUGCAUAUACUCUUGGCCAGUUUAUACUGACCAGUAAAGUAAGUAUAAAGUAAAGUAAAAGUAAAGAGGAGUGCCUCUUAAUUUUGUUCUGUUCUGACAUUUAUGUGAUUCGCACAAACCGAACUAAUUUGAAAGCUGCUAUACUUUGUGUGUCCAUGCGAAUCCCAUGGUCAUGGCAGAAAAGGCCACACCAUGGGCUGUCAGGUGUAAAGAAUAUGUGGUUGUCCCAUGUAUAGACACCUGAAGCCAUGUUGUACUACUGUAUAAUUAUACAGUAUUGUUAUACUAAUAAUUUAGUGCAGUCACACGAGAACUGCUUAAUCAACUUUGCAUUAAAAUACCAGCAUUCCAACUGGAAAUAAAUGAUUGUUUUAAGUAAAUGAAAUGGCAGCCAUGUAAGACCUUUCUGAGAAUCUCACCAUGUCCCAUGCAUUUUUCAACUAUUACAAUAGUAUUUAGUGGGUUCAGACAGUUUAAGCGGUAUCCAUCAUAGCUUGUAUCCAUCAAUAAUUUUUAGUACCUUAUGUUACCUUAUUCUCUCUUUAUAAUCUUUAUAACAUAUUUCAUAUUUCAUGUAUUCCAUAAAUUUAAUUAAAGUUACCUCGACAGUGUUAUGGUUACAAAUACCUUGUAUUUGAUAUUAAUAUACAUGUAUUUCAUUCAGUCCUUUUUAUCUAUUGGUUUUGGGCUUUGAUGCUCUUCCUGAAUAUUUAAGCAUAAUGCAAGGGACAAAAAUGUUUUUUUUUUUUAAAUAAAAAAUAUCAUUGUACCUCUUUUUCAGUUUGAAUAUAAAAUGGUUCUCUCUCAGUAUGCUCCUUGAGUCGACAACAAAUUAUUUUAUUUUACAUUUAAGAAAGGAACUAAAUGU